AAGCGUCGCAUCAGUCGCAUUUAGUCGAUCGUGUUGGCCGUGUAGUUGCGUUGUUCGAGUCGUUACUUCCCAGUAAAAUCAACGUUUAUUUUAUAUAAGAACAAAAAUAACAGUGACUUACACACGUAUAUUGGAGAAUAAAUACAUACUGUGAUCGUUGUGAGUUCGCAAGAUGAGUACUCCAGUGAAGAAAGUGCCCAUUCAUCUGCAGAGCGCGCAGAACAGAUUGCUAAUAAAAAAUGGCAAAGUAGUCAAUGACGAUGGAAUCAUCGACAGCGACGUCUACAUCGAGGAUGGAAUUAUUAGGCAAAUGGGGCGCAAUCUUAUUAUACCGGGUGGCACGAGGAUCAUCGAUGCAAGGGCAAAAUACGUAAUGCCCGGUGGCAUAGAUCCGCAUACGCAUUUUGAAUUCGAGUUUAUGGGUACCAAGUCGGUGGAUGACUUUUACCAGGGUACGAAGGCUGCAGUUGCCGGAGGUACCACGAUGAUCAUAGAUUUUGUAGUACCGCGAAAAGAAGAGAGUCUUAUAGAGGCUUAUGAGAGAUACAGGCAGUCAGCGGAUGAAAAAGUAUGCUGUGAUUAUGCAUUGCACGUCGCCGUCACUUCCUGGAAUUCAAAAGUUAAAGAAGACAUGGCGAUAUUGGCGAAGCAUCACGGCGUCGGUAGCUUCAAGAUGUUCAUGGCUUACCGCGACAUGUUUAUGCUUAGAGACCCGGAGCUGAUCGAGGCUUUCAAGGCGUGCAAAGAGAUCGGUGCCGUAGCUAUGGUACAUGCGGAGAACGGCGACCUUAUCGCGGAAAAUGUCAAGAAAUUACUCGCCGCAGGAGUGACAGGUCCAGAGGGCCAUGAAAUGUCACGGCCUGAAGAAGUUGAGGCAGAGGCUGUCAAUAGAGCGUGCGUUAUCGCGAAUCAGGUAAAUAGUCCGCUGUAUGUAACGGCGAUCACGAGCAAAUCGGCCGCCGACAUCAUGUCGGCGAAACGGUCGGAGGGUGUCGUCGUUUUUGGAGAAACCCUGGCAAGCGCUAUCGGUAUCGAUGGUAGCGAGCAAUAUAGUAAAGAUAUGGAAAAAGCAAGGCGUCUCAUUACUAACCCGCCUUUGCGGCCCGACCCGACUACACCUGCCUAUCUAAUCGAACAUCUGGCUCAAGAUACUCUUCAAGUCAUCGGCAGUGAUAAUUGCACGUUCAAUUCCGAGCAGAAAGCUCUGGGUAAAGACGAUUUCACGAAAAUCCCUAACGGCGUGAACGGUGUCGAGGACAGGAUGGCCGUGCUCUGGGAGAAGGGCGUGCAUGCCGGAAUAAUGCAUCCUACGCGAUUCGUCGCGGUCACUAGCACGAACGCCGCCAGGAUCUUUAACUUGUACCCUCGAAAGGGAGUCAUAGCCGUAGGCUCGGACGCCGAUAUUGUCGUCUGGGACCCCAACAGGAAGCGCACCAUUUCCGCUCAGACCCACGUCCAGGCCGUUGACUUCAACAUCUUCGAGGGUAUGGAGGUAACUGCCGUACCUGAAUAUGUGAUUGUCAAUGGACGCGUAUGCGUGGACGAGUGUGAGCUCAAAGCUGUUCAUGGCUUCGGGAAAUAUAUAAAUACGGAGCCAUUUGGCACUUAUGUGUACGACAUGAUAAACGAUAAGGAAAAGAAACCACGUGGUGUCGCACGAACCGAAGCAGAGGUCAAGAGAUACGCGGAGGAAGACGCCGAAAUCGCGAAGGCCAAGGAACAGGCGAGAGCGGCCGCUGCAACCGCAGCCGCAGCUGGAGCACGAGCUGAUCAUACCAACGGUUCACUUGACGCACCUGUGUACCUGUGUACCUUGCCGAGCUCCGCCGUAAUGACGCCAUCUACGAAAGGUCCGAGGCACGAAGGUCAGAGAAACAUGCAAGACUCUACUUUCUCCAUCAGCGAGGAUGUCGAAGAAGGACGAAAAUCAUGCAUUCGCGUGAAUAAUCCACCGGGCGGCCGCAGUGCGGGAGGCUUUUGGUCUGUUCCAUCGAAGGAGGAUGCAGAAGUUGCUGGCCAGUAGGUUGUAUGUUUUCAUAUAUUCAUAUUAAUCAUUUCACACUCGCUUUAUUAUUAUUUUAGCAUCGCACUAUAUCACUAGCAUAUUUCAAUCAUUGAUCUUGAUACAUUCUACAUUCGAUUUCUAUAUUCGAAAAUCAUCUGUUUCGAUUUUUUGGUAACGUUUAUAUCAACAUAAGCUUUCUUUAAAAUCAUCUUCGUUUUUUUCACUUUAAGAUUUAUUUAUUGUUACAUACAUAAGAUAUAUAUAUAUAUAUAUAUAUAUAUAUAUAUAUAAAAUUUAUAUAUAUAAAAUUUAUAUUAUGUCAUAGAGCAAAAAAAAAUGUAUAUUUAACAUCCAAAAUAUACAUAUAUUUGGUGAACUUUAUUUUUUCCAUGCAGGAAUUGCGAACAAACUUCGAAGAUUGCAAAGUCAAAUUUCGGAGCAUUUGUUAUCUAUUAAAGGAUUGUAAGAAAUAAUUUGUUUCUUUUUCACAUUAUAUGUCACGGUACUUUUUUUAAUUCAAAGAAAAAAAAUUACAGUAAUUAGAUAUAAUCAUUUUAAAAUUAUAAAAUGAAAAUAAUUGUGAUAUUAGAUGUCACACAUUAACAUUAUCAUUAUUAAAUAAUAAAUUAUUAUUAUUAUUAUUAUUAUUAUUAUUAUUAUUAUAUUAUUGUUAUUAUUAUUAUUAUUAUUAAUAUUAUUAAUAAGAUAAUGGCACUUAUCUUUAUUGUCAGCGAUAAGAAGGAUUUGGAUUGGGAGAAUAAUGGCUCACUAAUGAAAGAUUUCAAUAACAACACUCACAAUCGAUAAAAAGUUAUGUUUAUUUAUGAUAUAUUUAUGUAUGUUACACAAAUGUAUAUAUAAUAUAUAUGGAUUAUUUGCACUUUAUGGCAUAAUUGUGUAUGUACUUAUGUAUAAUCAAAAAGCCGUUGAAGAGA